AUGAUAUUACCAGAAUGAUUGUUUUUUUGCUCAGUAUACUGCUGCAAUGAGAUCAAAUUAAUCCUCUCGUGCUGAAAAAAAAAGAUAAUCUAAGUGCAGCACUGUUUUGUUUUAAACAGUUAAUUAAUCUUAGUCUGUUUAAGAAUAAUUGUUUAUACAGUAAAUCUUUACACACUAAACAUUCACUCCCUCUUACUUUUUCUUUUUAAAUACAAACAUGUGACUGUGAAAUCUUGAAAAAGCAGCCACCAAAUGAUCAGGCCCAAUUGCUGACUGGUUUUAAUGUACCUUUACAAAUACAUUGAAAUGGCCGCUAGGAGGAGACAAUUAAAAGGAUCACCUAGUUUAAGAAUAUUUUUCCAUUUUAAUUAUGAUUAAUCAGUGUGCAAUCUAUGCUGUCUAUUUAUGAUACUUCUGUGUCCUCUUGUAGGAGUUUCCAAUACCGUACCCUGGUUUCUUUUAAUCAUUGUAACUAAUACAAACCAACUUGGUGCAGUACAGACAGAAGGUUUCAUAGACUGAUCAAGUUUACUGUUCUUAAUCGAGUUCUAGAUGUCAACAGUGUUUUACGGUUCUUACAAUUGAUAGAAGUAAUACAGUUCAUCGAGAACCGACUCAAGAAGGUUAACACAAAAUAACUACCCUUAACACUAGCCUGGUGUCUGUUUUUAAAAAUCUAUUGAGUAAUAAAUAAUAUCUCUUUUUAGAUCUGUUGACCUUGAGGCUAGGAAAGCUCAAGGGAGUGACCCCAUUCAAUAAGAAACUAAAGAAAUAAAACCAUAGCAUAUUAAAAUCUUAAUGGUAGAGUUGGUCAGUCAGGUAUUUAUUAAUUUACUUGUUUGCCUCUCUGUUUAUUUAUUUAUUAUCUAUAAUAUUCCACUUACAUAGCCUAGUGCCUUUAGUAUGAGAGCAUCUCAGUAGGACCAUUGCUUUCCUCGUGUGUGUUUAAUUAUCUCUGAGCUCUUCAAAUAGCUUUGGAGGUUAAGUCAAGAGAGUUUAAAUCAUCUAGGUAUUAAAUAUAUUUAAUAUAUGAGGGGUCCUGCUAGAGUGGAGUGCACCAGUUAUUCACCACUGUAAAUUCUGCAGUUUUCCUGAUGUUUAUACUAUGCAUUUACCAUAGUUUGCCAUGCUUGUUUUUAAUUGCUUUACCAUACCUCCCUGUGCUUUACAAUGCUUUCACUAUGCUUUAUUACACUUUGCUAUGCUUUCUGUGCUUUACAAUGCUUUCACUAUGCUUUAUUACACUUUGCUAUGCUUUCUGUGCUUUACAAUGCUUUCACUAUGCUUUAUUACACUUUGCUAUGCUUUCUGUGCUUUACAAUGCUUUCACUAUGCUUUAUUACACUUUGCUAUGCUUUUACGAAGAGAAGUUACUCAAACAUGCUGCAUUUCUACUAUAAAUAGAUUUGAGGUCACAUAAACAACUAUGUAAAUAAAAAAACAAAAAAAACUGUGUGACCUUGCAGCAUAAAACAGUAAUUGCCUAGUCCUUAACAAUAUUUUUUUUUACAGCAGAAGCUGUAAUAAUUAAUAGGGUUUCUAUUUAAACUAAAGUAAAUGACAACAGAACUGUUGUAAAUAAACCACCUUUUUAUACAGCUUUGUUAAAGGUAUGUUAAACGUACCUUUAUAUAUAUUGGUGUAACAAGGCAUCAAUGUUAACGUGAUACUGAAAUAAUCAUUAAAAAUUAUUAGAUUUCAGUUAGUCUAAAACCCCAACCCUUCCCCCGAUACCCAUGUCUGCCCUAAUCCCUUAGUUUGAAUAACGGGUUUGCCUGGUCCUCUUCAGAAAAGUUGUCAGGCCAGUUUUCUUCGACCAGUUUGUAAACCUGACAUUACAUUUAAACUGUCUUCUGAGAGUGCCAGUUUGUAAACCUGACAUUACAUUUAACAGCUUAAAUUAUUGUACAUCCUUUAAAUGAACAUCGGAUUUGAACCAUGCAGUUUUGAACAGCUGCUUACAGUAAAGAGGUACUAGUUUGACAUACUGCAAAUUAAAAAAGUACCUGCCUAGGUAGAUGUACCUUUUAUUGAUUCCAUACUGUAUAAUGCAGUUUCAUAACUCUGAAUGCAUUUAACAAACUGACUAAAUGAAAGGAUACUGUAGUUGGUUUUUUAGUGUCCAUGUGAAAGGUCAGAUUGAAAAUCCUCCUCAAAGCAGCUCUUUGUUUAAGACUAGACAGCUUUAGGAGGCGGGUCAGUAUUGGAGUGAGAUAUAGUGGAUAAGAGGACCCACUAGAAGAAAACAUUUCAAGUCAAAUUGGCCGUGGAUCAGUUCAAAAUGCUUUGCUGGGAAACAUCAGAAAUGCUCACAGAAAUCACACUCUCAAAGGAAUACUGGUCCAACCAGCAUCACAUAUAUGGAGGGUAUAUUUGUAAUACUUUAAUGAGUGGCUCCUGGGCAGAUAGAUCCCCACUUCAUGAGGCUGCAUUUCAUGGCAGACUUUUAUCACUCAAGACCCUGAUUGCACAGGGUUUUAAUUUGAACAUCACCACCAUAGAUAGAGUCUCUCCUCUUCACGAAGCCUGCUUGGGAGGCCAUGUUGCCUGUGCAAAGGUUUUAUUGGAAAACGGGGCUAAUGUAAAUUCAGUCACAGUUGAAGGCAUUACUCCUCUGUACAACGCCUGCUGUAGCGGCAGUGCUGCCUGUGUGAAUGUUCUACUGGAGUACGGAGCCCAUUCCCAGCCCGAAUGCCAGCUUCCUUCCCCAGUACAUGAAGCAACAAAGAGAGGUCAUAGAGAAUGCAUGGAGAUUCUGCUUGCUAAUGGGGUAAAUAUAGACCAAGAAGUCCCCCACCUUGGAACCCCACUUUAUGUGGCCUGCACCUGUCAGAAAGCAGACUGUGUGAAGAAACUUCUAGAGUUAGGAGCCAAUGUGGACCUGGGCAGAUUGCAGGACACUCCGCUUCACGCAGCAGCCAGAAAAACAAGCACAAAAAUAGUGGACUUGCUAAUAGAUUACGGGGCAGAUGUGAAAUGCAGAAAUGUUGAAGGGAAGAGGCCGGUGGAACUCGCUGCCCCAAACAGCAUGGUGGAAAGAGCACUUUUACAACGAGAAGGUCCUGCUGCUCUGACGCAGCUUUGUCGACUUUGCAUACGGAAACAUUUGGGUCGAUCACGACUUCACAAAGUUUCCAGGUUAGAGCUUCCAGGACGAUUGAAAGAAUUUCUUCUCUACAGAAUUUGUUGAAUUUAGAUUGGAAGAUCUCCUGUAAGAUGCAGACCAUGGAGCUUUUCGUCUAAUCCAACGUUCCGCCUAUCAUCCAAACACUCUAUCAUGAGUUCUAUUGAAUACUAAUAAACUAAUGUAGUUAAUGUCUUCAUACGAUAACACUGAUGAAGGCAUUAGCUGAAACGGUGGUCUACUUGACUUAGCGUCUUCUAGUUUUACUCCAUAUUUACCAUUAUUCUCAUAAUGCAACUGGAUUGACAAUAAAUGCAUUGAUUAAAA